GACCUGUCCUGCGCGGGAGCGGUGAGCGAGAACCUCUUCUACUUCGAGGGGAGGCGGUGCCGUCGCCUGUACGAGGACCUGGAGCUGCACGCCCUCAUGCUGACGCUCACGUUGGCUCUCCUGGUGACUCCGAGGUUCGGGCUUCUGGACCCGCGCUACUGCGACCAGUACCCGCUGGAGAGGCACAAGCGCAACAUCCCGUUCCUGCUGAGCUCGCACCUGAAUCACAGCGCCAACAGGGCUGUGCUCCCUUGGCUUUUCCGCCAGGUCGAGGACAUCGGCCACAUAGGAGGCGGCAGGCUGGUAAAGAUGCUGUGCGACACAACGAUGCACCGCUGGAUGUAUACUGGGUGGACCCGCAUCGGCGGAGGCGCUUUCGGUACAGUGUACAAGUGCUCAGUGCAUCUCGGUGGGUUUGGGAAUGUCGCGGUGAAGCAGAUUCCCAGGCAGAGCAACGUGGUGGACCGAUGUGUCUUCCACGACGUCUUCAGCGAAAUUGCAUGCCUCGACAAGAUUAGGUCAGAGAAGCACGUCUGUCGCAUGCUUGACUAUGGGGUGGACGAGACAGGCUAUUGGAUUGUCAUGCAGCACUACUCCACGACAUUAAAGAAGUGGCGGGAGUCCCUGUCGGGUGAAUUUGGUGGCAACUUAGACUUGCUGUUGAUGGUCUAUAAGAAUAUUCUAGUAGCCCUGCAAACACUCCACAGGUAUGGCAUCAUCCACUACGACUUGAAAUGUGACAAUGUUAUGGUGGAUCUGACUGGAUCUCGUAAUGACAGCGGUGAUCGUUCUUCUGUAGAGUCUGGAGUGCCAGGUAUCGCUAUCACUGACUUUGGCGAGUCGAGGAUUGUAUCUUCUGGAAAUGAGCUCGACCUGAAGAAUCGGGGCACAGAGGUCGUCAAGUGUCCAGAGAUGUUGGAGAUUCAAUGCUCUGCAAGAAGGAGGGCCGCCUCUUCGACCGACGGAAGCAGGUCGGGACCCACUUCGCCGCGGACGUCUGGUCCGUCGG